AUGGAUGCCGAUGUCGAUGGGAUCGAUAUCGAUGAUGAUGAUGAUGACGAUGCUGGUUUAUUCAGCAUCGCCAAUGACUACCAAAGUGACGACGAUGACGCCCUCACUGGUGCAGACAACGUUCUUUCAGCGGUGCACACGAAGCGCACUGCUGUUGACAAGGAUGAAUCAGAAGAAGAAUUUCUGCUGACUCGCGAAGUGGUUCUCCGCUUCGUUCAAGAUUCUAUUGCAGAUGCACUAGACAGACAGAAGAGAAACACAGACAAAAAUGGAAGAGCAAAUGUUCUUUCAGUUCAUGAAGGAGACUCAGUUUUACUGUCAGCGGUAAAUCUACCGAGACACAGUGACAAACGUGGGCAGCAGUAA